CCCAUUCUAGUUCACUAUUUAGACCUGGAUGUUUUAUGAUGUUGUUUCCCUCUGUUGUUUUCCUGUUUUCAUCUUCAUUUCUCUCUAAACCACGCCCCCCUUCAUUUCCGUCCGUUCCAACAAAAACAAACAUAAUCAAUAUAAAUAAAGUUUAGCAUGAAAUACAACAGGGGUUUAUACUCAAUAAAUCCCUGUUGUGACAGUAAAAUCUGACCAACACAAGAAGCUCUCAGCCCACAUCUGUUGGCUCAGCUGUUGGACAGGACAAGUUAAAAAAAAAAAGAAUGAGAAGACGAUGAAGAGAUGUUGGUCCUCAUAUCUACAGAUUUUCUGAACAAAGAGGAAACGUCUUCAUCCCUCUGUCUCUCAGAGUUGAUCCAGACGGAGUUCCACCACGUCCGGACCUUGCGUAUUAUGGAGGGCGUGUACCGGCGAGGGAUGCUGGACGACGUGAUGCUGGAGGCGGCUGUAGUCCAUACCAUCUUCCCCUGCUUGGACCAACUGCUGGAGCUGCACUCCAGCUUCCUGUCAGAGCUGCUGAAGAGGCGGAGCGAGGGUUUGCAGGACGGCAGCUCCACCAACUUCACCGUCUGCAGGCUGGCUGACCUGCUCCUCCGACAGUUUUCAGGCCAGCCUGCAGAAGAAAUGAAGAAACUUUACUCAGAGUUCUGCAGUCGACACCCCAAAGCUGUAAAACUGUAUAAAGAGGUUCUGAGUCGAGACCGAAGACUGCAGCAGUUCAUCAGGGUGAGACCCGCUCCUUCAGACCUGCUUCCUGUUUGUUUGUCCUUAUCUGGAAUGAUGUCCACUAAUCCAAAAGUGGCUCUGUGGAAUUAGCUGCUCCUGAGCAUUCCCUCUGCAGGAACACAGAAAUCAGGACAAUAAAC